UAAUGUAGGUUAGGUGUUUCUAAACAAUAUAUGUCUGUACAGGUAAUAACAGAGUGUCUUACCUUGAAACGCGUAAUGCAUUCCCCCGAUACCACUAUAUAAUUCUAGCACUCUCAUGAUUAAUGAUUCAUUUGAAAUUUCUUAAUUAUAGAUAUUCUGGCACGUAUGUUGUUAAUUGUCAAUAAACUCAUCUGCUCUAGUAUCGACGUGUUUUCAUCGUUCUUUGACAACUUUGUUUCAUACGUAUUGAAAUAAUAACGGCAACUGACAACGAAGUAACCUAACAUGUGAUUCCAUAGUCCGUUCAGUAAUGGAGGCUGGGCUACGUUUUGCGUCGCGCAAAAUUCUACGUGUGUGAUCUAACAUUACCUCGAAAAACUGUUUAUGGUACGAGAAAAAAAUGUAUAAGAAAAGUAAGUGUAAAUUUGCAAGUAACAGAGUAAUUAGUUAUUAAAACAAUGAUAAGAAUGCUCAAUGCGAAAACAAGAAGUCUAACCUGAACAAUGUGUUGACUUUUGGCUCUAUUUUGAUAAUUGUUUCGACGUUUACGAAGAUUUCAAUGCGCAAGGAUUCGCAUGAAAAAACCCCUAUGAUCCUAAUCGUAUUAACAAAGAUUGAUACUCUUCCUUAGCGAUAAAAGAUAGCGAAAAAUGAAUUUAUCGCAGGCCACCACCCAAAUGCGAUCGCAAUAUAAUUAAAAAAUGUUUCGAAGCCGAAGCUGGUUUGGAGGAGGGCUCUGGAAGCCCAAGAAUCCACACUCUUUGGAGCACCUCAAGUAUUUGUACAAUGUCCUAUCAAGGAAUCAGACUGUGUCUGAGAAUAAUAGAGGAUUAUUGGUAGAGAUUCUCCGUUCUAUAGCUGAAAUUUUAAUAUGGGGUGACCAAAAUGAUAGUAGUGUAUUCGAUUUCUUUUUGGAGAAAAACAUGCUUUCAUUCUUUUUACGAAUUAUGAAACAAAAAUGUGGAAGCUAUGUAUGUGUUCAAUUGCUACAGACACUGAAUAUAUUGUUUGAAAAUAUACGUAAUGAGACUUCCUUAUAUUACUUGCUCAGUAAUAAUCAUGUAAACAGUAUAAUAGUGCACAAAUUUGACUUCAGUGAUGAAGAGGUGAUGGCAUACUACAUCAGUUUUUUAAAGACCUUGAGCUUGAAGUUGAAUGCUCAUACUAUUCAUUUCUUUUAUAAUGAGGUAAACGAGCACACCAAUGAUUUUCCAUUGUAUACGGAGGCAAUCAAAUUUUUUAACCACUCAGAAGGUAUGGUUCGUAUAGCGGUGCGAACCCUAACUUUAAAUGUCUAUCGUGUAGAGGAUGCCUCCAUGCUCGUGUUUAUAAGAGACCGCACUGCUGCACCUUAUUUCAGUAAUCUUGUAUGGUUUAUUGGCGAUCACAUUAUAGAGCUUGACACCUGUGUCAGAAACGAUGCCGAUCAUCAAAGUCAAAACAGAUUAUCGGAUUUGGUAGCUGAGCAUUUAGAUCAUUUGCAUUACUUAAACGAUAUUCUUUGUUUAAAUAUACCCGACUUGAAUAAAGUCUUGUCUGAACACUUGCUUCACAAAUUAUUGGUUCCGUUGUACGUUUACUCGCUUACAAAACAUAAGAAUCUUUUGUGCCAAAAUCAGGAUGAGAGAAAACAUGUAAGCAUUGUAGUAGCACUGUUUCUACUUUCUCAAGUGUUUCUUAUAAUCUCCCAUGGCCCUCUUGUACAUACUUUAGCAGCAGUAAUAUUGCUGUCAGACUUAGAAACUAUUCAAACAGGUGCAAGCAAAGUGCUCGAAAUGUACGGUGAUAUUACGUCUAUUAAGUCAAUUGGUUUUUCACCUCCAAAAGAAAGUUUAGAAAAGUCUCUAGAAAAUUUGAGCGAAUCCUUAAAUGUGUCCGACGAUCUUUGCGAAGAGGGGUGCGUUGUAGAAGAAGGAGGAGAUGAUAGUAUGGUCAACAGGAUAUUAGACACCAAUUAUCCUAGUACAUCGUUUGAUACUACUUCAAUAAGUGAUACACCUGUACUAAUGAGUCCAGAACAACUAGACAUUAGCAUUCCACAUGAUAAUCUAGAAGACAUCAGAUAUUUAAAUGUAACUGAUGAAGAGAAAGAACAGAGACUUGCACUGGAAAGCCCCUUGAUACCCGAAACGCAAAACAAUCUAAACGAAUCUCUGUCAAAUAAGCUAUUUCUAGAAACUAUCUUGAACUCGUUGUUUUGCACGGAAAAUGAUUACGCUGCCCUGUUUGCGUUAUGUUUGCUUUAUGCUCUAGCUAACAAUCAGGGCAUUGACCGUAAAACUUUGGAUCCAAUUUUAAGCAGUUCACAAGGCUCUACGACGAGCUUCUAUAAUGAAAUUUUAAUAGAUAGACUAAUUCAUAUUAUAACGUUAAGUUGUCAAACAAGUGUGAAAGUGAGACUUGUUACGCUGGAAUUGGCGAUUAAGUUGUUAAUGCAAUUAGUAAUGUCGGAUGGACAAACAGUGUUAAAAGACUCGCAUUUGGCGGCUAUCGAAACGGCCAAAGAGCAGAGUACUGCGUUGUUAAAAAAUUUUUAUAGGAGCGAAGACAUAUUCCUAGACAUGUUUGAGGAUGAAUAUAGUGAAAUUCAAAAGCGACCCUUGAACGUUGAAUGGUUGAUGAUGGACAGUAACAUUUUAUUACCACCGACAGGUACUCCGAUGACUGGUAUUGAAUUUACCAAAAGAUUACCGUGCGGCGAAAAAAUCAAAUUAUCAUUUAAACAGGUGGAGAGAGCUCGUCGCGCUAUAAGAGUAUUUUUUUUAAUAAGAGAAUUAUCCUUAGCUAUUAACAUGGAAGUGGAAACGCAGUUGCCCUUAACAAACCCGGUCAAUUGUGUUCAAGUGGAUAAUGUUCUUGACUUAAAUAAUAGCGAUUUGAUCGCCUGUACGGUUGUGUGGAAAGACGGUCAGAAAAUUCGACGUUUUCUAGUCAUACAUAUUGUGCAAUUAAUCCUCGUAGAACCAGACACUAGCAAAUUAGGCUGGGGAGUGGCACGAUUAGUGGGCUUUUUACAAGACAUUGAGGUAGCAGGUGACAAAGACGAUUCUAGAUGUUUACACUUAACGAUUUACAAACCUUCGAGUAGUUCGACCGGCAAUCGUGUUCCUUUGCUAUCAACAAAAUUUAUCUUCGACGAUCACAUUAGAUGUAUGGCUGCUAAACAAAGGCUAACGAAAGGUCGGAUAAAGGCACGGCAAAAGAAGAUGAGUCAGAUCGCGAGACUGUUAGACAUUCCCACAAGUACGCCCCAUUCAUCAACACCACCGCCAAAUUAUGCUCUACGGGGUUUAGUAGGACGUGGACAAAGACAGAAGGAACCGCGACCAAUGUUUAUAGUAAACAGAGUGCCCGGAUUCGCGGCACAAAUGCGCAGGGAAAACAAUGCAGCACCUUCAUCAGUUCCCAGGCGCAGUGAUAACUCAAAUGAGAAAAGCCAAGAGAACGGUUUGCGAUCUCGAGAUAAUUCACCGAAAAUGCCGAGGCCGCGAAGCGAAGAGAUUCCUCUGGAGGAUAUGCGUCUACGGAAAGCAGCUCUAACAUCUGCUGCAUUGAGUAUAUCAAAUAUGUGUCAGGAGAAGAAGGAUGGUCAAAUCUCUGCGUGUUCAACAAAUGGCGAACCCUCGACUGUGAUCAGAAAACAUUCGGAAGAGACAUCGUUUACUUGCCCGAAGGAAACGAAACCGCGUAAGAAGGGUCAAGUGGAGACAGUAUGAUUGUGAGAUAGAAAGAAAGCAUACAGAUUGAAUUGAUUUUUUUUUAAAGGAUAUAAGAAAGACGUGGGGAUGUAUUUGCGAUCUUGAAUUAAUGGAAGAAAUCUUUGAUCUAUGUAAUAAAAAGGUUUUACUACAGGUACUUUCUAAAUGAUGACUUGAAAGACAUCCCAUGCUUCAUCGUUUUUUCAAUAGAAUAGAGAAUAAAUUGGAGUUAAUCUUGUAAAAAAAAAACACACGGUAUUAUGAUUUCAGUAAAAGGUCAAUCACUGGCGAAA